AGUUUCAAAAAUGGCGACCAAGAUUCGUGGUAGCUAUUCAUGGUCAGCAGUAACGAAACCAUUAUUAGCAAUAUCACAAGGAUCAUUCGAUAAAAAUGAUAUCUUGGAAUUGGCAAAAAGCAUUGUUAUACGCGAAUAUGACUUCCUCUGUAAAGGAGAGCUGUAUGAUACCUUUUAUACAUCUGUGGCAAUUCUUGCAGCAGAUUAUUUCUGUAGUUGCAUCAAUACAUUUUCCAAAAGUCAAAUAUCUAUAGUUUGUCAAGCAUGUAGAGUUCUGCUUCUUCGUCUUAUGGAUAAAUUAUCUCAUCAUCAAGUUCAGUUAGGAAAUGGGACACCUACUCUCUUAAGUACAAAACAACUACUGCUUCCAAUUCUUGCACUUUGUACUGGACAAUCUUUACUUUCAUCUACUGAAGAAGCAGCCUUGAUUGCUAUGAUAAAAAAUUCUGACAUACCACAUGACAUUAAAUCACAGUUAUCCCCAGAAGCUGAGAAGGAUACUUCUCAAUCAUCUAAAGAUUCUGAACGAAUACAAUGUGAUUUAUCCGGCAGUAUUCUAGAACAAUUGACUAUGCCAUUACAAGGUUCUACAAUAUCAAUGCCUGUUGUUGUUGAAAAUUCUAAUGAGAGUGCAACGAAAACUACGAAUGACAGUGUUGUUAAUGAUGUUCAUUCAGACAUAAAGACAACAUUUGUUACAAGUAACAUAAAUAUUCUUCGAAAUAUGGAUGUAGGAGACACGCUGUUAGAUAUGUGUUUAAAUCUUCCUCACUUGUCGUGUUAUACUCGCAAAUAUCAAGCAUAUUUACAUAAAAAAAGUUUCACUUUACCCGUGAAUGCCUCUGACGCACAUGCUAUACGUCAUAAUUUACAUUCUGUGUCGAACGAUAUUAAUAUCGUUCACAACGUAAUAUCUCUGUCUUUCUUAGAACCAUUAACUCCAAGUAAAUUAGAAAAAUUAUCGUUACUGACCAUGUCUUGUUUAUAUUGCUCGAUUGUAUACGCGACUGCAUCAAGUAUUGUUGGAAUAACGAAUGCUGUGUCACCGAAGUGUAGUACAAAUACCUCUGCUGGAACGCAAACCGCUUCAAGUAUUAAAACUGCAGAAGAGGAGUAUGAUACUCUGGCGAUUACCGUUGUUGAAAAAAGCCUCGAAAUAUUUGGUUUAGUCUCAAACGUAAUUAAAAAUAGCACACGCGCCGGAGGUCAUAUUCUGCAAAAUCAUCUAUUAAUCGGAGUAUGGUUGUUGGUGGCUGGUUUACAAGCUCAACUUACAGUGAGUGGUUUAAGUGCGACGGAUAAGGGGAAAGAGGAAAAGGGUAAAUCACCUAGUAAAGUACGUGAUGGAACAAUUCGCGUCAAUCUUAUGAAAAUACAACAAGGUUUUGGAGUACUUUCAGUCGCUUUAGCUUCUCAUGCGCUUACAUUAAUGAGUGCUCUGCUAGAAGAUGUUUCGAUCGAAGCAAUUGCCGAUUCUUCUACUCCGCCAGAACCCGCUCCAUUGGAUAUACUUUCCACUGCUACCGCGCUUCAAAGGGCGGUUACUUUUCUACAAGCUGUACCACUUAAUCAUCUAUUAUUUUACUUAGCCACUAUAAGUUACAGAAGGGCGUGUACCUUGAAGAGAAUACAAAAACAUCCAUUUGAAGGCGAUGCUUUAAGUCAAUCUGAUUCUACUACUUACUAUGAAGAUUUACUAAGUUGUUCAGAUAAUUCUACUGAUGAAGAAAAAACUGUUAUGUCGAUAGAGGAGGACAGCGAACCUAUUUUGGGCUUAUGGUUUGAGGAAACAAUUGCCCCAUCUGAUGGAUCACCGGCGAAUGGUACAAAAGAACCCAACAAUGAAACCAACGCUGAACGAACUGUAACUACUAUUGUUCCUGAUAAUCGUGAACCUCAUGGAUAUAUAUCAUUGGCUACUAAAAUUUUUCAAUUCAUGAAUCAACAUUUGAUUGGCAAUAGAAGUUCAUAUGUUCGCGAAUAUGUGGUAAAUGGCUUAGUUGAACAACAGAUGGUUAUAUUAGCGGCAAUAAUUAGAGAUUUAGAUCAUGAGACUGCUAGGACAGAGACUGGCACUAUAUCGGUAUUCUACGGUGCCACACUGGGUGCUAUGUAUUCCGAAUUUUCUCAAGCUUUGAGUCUUUACACGCAUAAUUUACUUGUUCAAAAUACGUUGAGCGAAAGUUUACAAAACACCCUUCUCCAGCAUUUAGGUGUAAAUCCAUGGUCUGGGACAGAAAGUACAACUCCAUGUACUUGGCCCCUUCAAGUCUAUCCGAGAACAUUAAGUGUGUUGGCACAGGUUCUUUUACUAAAACCUCGAGCAGAGAAAGAAGCAGCUUGUAUAAGCAUAUGGCAUCGUUUGAUUACAACUAUAGUAGAAAACGUAUGCAAUCCACCCUCUACAUUUGAGGCAGAAAACGAAGAUUUGAACGUGGAACACGCUCAACUAGUUUUGAUUUUAUUCCACUCUCUUAAUUUCAUGCAAAAGAAAUCGGUACUACUUGUAACCGGUAGCGGUGCUGUGCGUUGUAGCGAAGCUGUUAAAACUCCAAUGAAAGAUUCUCAGUUACUGCAUCUGUCACGAUUAUUGUUACUACUUGAAUACAUGAUGAAACAUCUUUAUGAUGCUCCACCCGCAUUACUUGAACAAGUUCGAUGGAAUCUAUUUUCUGCGACGAGUUUAGUUUGUGAUGCAAAAGAUGGUAAUAAACAAACGGCUCGUAUUUUUACGCCAUGGACAGUAAUUGAAGACAAUUAUCGUAAAAUUGGUAAUCAAGAUGAAUUCUCAAUGAAGCCUCGGUUUUACAAUCUUUCUACUACAGAUUUCAAUAAUCAGGAUACUCCAAAAUUGGAUGGGGUGGCUUGUAAUUUCAUACUGGGUGCACCAGAUAAAAUGAAAUAUCCUCUUUUGGUUGAUGCAUUAAUAGAUAUUUUGAACGUACUGAAUCAAGCUGAUAUGCAAAAGAGGACUAGUAGUGAUGGUAAAGAUAAAUCGCCCACUUUCAUAGGAUUAUGUGCGAUUCGUUAUUGUUUUUCCAUAUGUUGGCGAUUAUUGCUAAUGUUACCACCAUCUACUCUAUAUAUGGAUAAACUGGCUCUUGGUGAGGAAAUUCCUGCUGGGCCAAUGUUAUUAUAUUCUUUAAUUUGGGGACCUAGAGCCGCAUGCAAAACUUUUACCAGUUGGAUGAAUGAUUGUCUAAUCAGACAAGGAAUGUAUGCGCAAUAUGCGAGAAAUCUUUUGAAAACGGUAUCAUCUACUGUAAACUCCCUCAAAUAUGAUGUUACCGUCGCAAAAAAUUGCAUUACGGCAUUGAAACCAGAAACUAACUAUAACAAUAAAAUAAUACCGAAAAAUGCGUUACCUAAACUUAGCUCAUUGUGUAUUUUGGCUGCAGUUAUUGGCAAAUUACAAAUUCUUUUUUACGAAAGUCUAUCGAAGAGUCAAAACGAAACUAUCGAGAGUUCGAAAAACACACAAAGUUCAGAAUCCGGAACUACGAAUGCAAAUAAAAUGAUGAUCAGUAUAUUACCACAUGUUCUCUCAUUAACAGAAUCGAUUCUAUACUCGUGUCGAUCAAAUAUAUUGCACGAGAUGCUCGAAUCUUUCGAAGUAGAUGGUAAAUACGGUCCUCGAGAUUAUUCUAUACUUGACGAUAUCAUUGCAAUGGCAAGUGCAAAUUGGUCAACUGAAGCGUCCUUGAUCUCGUUUUUACCAAAUUCUGUAAAAUCUGUCAUAGAUAAAUGGAAAUCUAUCAGUGUUGUCCAUAUUCCUUGGAACACUUAUACGAAUGACGUUAUACCAGCGGAGAGUUACAUUCUGGCUACUGUGUGUCAACAUAUCAGCUCACUUUCUGAAUAUCCGACGUUUUCUAUUAAUCCGUCUUUGAAAAAGUUGUUGCGCAAUUUAGUUACAUUUAUAGUAGAAUAUGUAACUCCUACAACAGCACCAGAAAACACGGACGUGCAUAAUCAAGCAUUGGAUAUUCUUAUUGCACUAUCUAUGGAUGCUCGCACAGAUUAUCUUCAAGAUAUGACUAACAAGGCUUUGACAAAACUGCUAGGCGAUAGCGAUAGUGAAGCACGACAACUACGAGAACAUCUUUUUGUAUUGCACCGUACAUAUAAUUUGAUAAUCGAAUAUACGAAUGACACCCAAGAUCCCGUUAAUAUUACCGUUAAUGAAAAAAUCAUGAAACGAUGUAUUAAAUAUUGGGAACAACUAUUAGAAAAACCGGUCGGAUGCAAAGCAUUAGAUUUAUUCUUUGCACCAAACACCAAUCGAUCCCUUGUUUCUGUAUUGUUAUCUAUAACAUCUUCACAAUCUUCACAACAAUUUGCCACCCACGUUUUAAGAUUUUUCAACACAUUGUUCAAAACAGCUGAGAAAGGCAGUGACGGGUCAUUAGAACGUCUUUGCGGAUCCGUAUCGAAUUUAGCUCAUGUAGAGCCAGAAAAGUUGCAAAUAUGGUUGAAACAAAUUAUUUUAGGAGCAACGAGUAUUUCUCCAAAUGCACCGUUGACAAACGUACAAACACCAACGAUGGUAACUACAAAUGCGUUGGUUGCCGUUGCUAAUACAACCGAAGAUGCCCCGAAAUCGGACGAGGUUGCUAAUGUACCGAAUAAUGAACAAGAUCGAUGGUUAAUUUCGCUAUCAAACGAUUCAGCUAGCAAUAACCAAUCAACAAGUAUCACUGAUGAUCAACAACAGCAACAACAACAGCUUCAACAGCAACAUUCGAUGCAUGAAAAUAGUCGGCUUUUACGAGCGCUUACAAAUUAUAUAGUUAAAGAGAAAAGCAGCGUCGAUGAAGGUGUACCUGUUACGAUUCUUCGAGCCCUCAUACCAUUAGCUUAUCACAUUCUUUCUCCAACGAUUGAGGGCAACGGAUUCUCCGAUUUAAUGAACGUUAUGUCCACAUUAGCCGACGCUGGUUCCGAGAAAGGACACACUUUACUAUUUAAAGCCGCAAUCGAAUGGAUUGAACUUUGCAAGGAACAACUGAUGAAUAAAGAUCUUCAAAGUUUGGAUAAACCAUUACCAUUCGUCGAAGCUGGCUGUUGUAUACUGAAUUAUGUAGCAGAUGUAGUAAGUGCGAUUUGUCCUCAAUUAAUGCAAUCACAAGAUCGAGCAACUAGUCCACCAUGGGAAGGUGCUACUCCAGUUAAUGAUGUGAAUGAUAGCGAUUGGAUAGACGAUAUUCCACACGAAGAUGAAGAUAGUGCGGCUGACGAUUCUGAUGACGACAGUCUUUGUAACAAGUUAUGUACGUUCACCAUUACGCUAAAGGAGUUCAUGAAUCAACAUUGGUAUCACUGUCAUACCUGCAACAUGGUAAACGGAGUUGGAGUCUGCACAGUAUGUGCUCGCGUUUGUCAUCGCGGACAUGAUGUUACCUAUGCGAAAUAUGGAAAUUUCUUUUGUGACUGCGGUGCAAAAAAUGACGGUUUUUGUCAAGCUUUAACUAAACGAAGUCCUCAAUCAUCGGAACAUCAGACCAACACAUCUGCUGUCGGUUCUGGAAAUAUAGCUGCAUCGACCAGCAUUUCGACCGGCGUUGCUAGUACAAGUUACGGGAAUACGCUUGGUACGUCUGUUGAGAAUCGAGAUCUAUUCCUCACAAGCAGUUUACGACGAAGAACUUCGAGCCCUUUAUAUUUGUCUGACAAACAAGAGAGACAAGGACGCGACAAACAGAGACAUGCGUAUUUGGCUAAACAAUUAGAAACAUCGAAGGAUUGGAUACAAGGUUGUCUUUGGAAAAGUGGUUUGGUAUCGUCGUUGGUAGAUCUGACACGUGCUUUACUACCGGCAGUAGAUGCAUCGUGUAGAAAAAACUCAGCAAUUGGUUGUCAUGCACGCGCUCAAAUGGCACUUAAACAAUUACACACGGUGGAUAAAAAGUUUGAAUAUACCGAUCAGUUAAUGCUUCCCACAUUGGGAUCCCAAGAAGGAGCAUUUGAAAAUGUUCGAAUGAAUUACUCGGGAGAACAAGGACAAACUAUUAGACAAUUGUUAUCUGCACAUAUGAUACGUCGCGUUGCAAUGUGUUGUCUAUCGUCCCCACAUGGUAAAAGACAACAUUUGGCGGUCUCACACGAGAAAGGAAAAAUAACAGUGUUACAAUUGGGCGCAUUGUUGAAACAACCUGAUUCGUCGAAGAGAAAAUUAACAUUAACGAGACUUGCUUCUGCUCCGGUACCCUUUACUGUAUUAUCUGUAACUGGAAACCAAUGGAAUGAAGAUUUCUUAGCAGUCUGUGGUUUUAAAGAUUGUCACGUAUUAACUUUUAAUACUUCUGGAACCGUGUCAGAUCAUUUAGUUCUGUAUCCUCAAUUGGAAACUGGCAAUUUUAUUAUAAAAGCAAUUUGGCUGCCUGGAUCUCAAACUCAACUUGCUCUGGUCACCGUAGACUUCGUAAAGAUUUAUGAUCUUGGAAAAGACGCUCUUUGUCCUCAAUAUUAUUUUUUAGUGCCUACUGGAAAGAUAAGAGAUUGUACAUUUAUGCAUGCAGAGGAUGGUAUAUUUUAUUUGUUGAUAAUAUCUUCGGCCGGUUAUAUUUAUGGUCAAGCGAUGGAUGAGGUAAGCUCAGCAAAGUACGGACCUUUCUAUGUAACGAAUACUCUCGACGUGUAUCAUCCAGAAAUAAGAGAUAAUGGCCAAGUUGGCGGUGGAGGUGUGUCGAUUUAUUAUUCGCAUGCUUUACAAUUACUCUUCUUCAGUUACGCAUGUGGUAAAAGUUUCAUAGCACCUCUUAAAUACAUGGAAACUGAUGUAACAACUGUUUUUCAAAUUAAUCUUACUGGUAACAAAAGUUCGAAUGGGAACAAAUCAAACAACAAUCAACCACAACCAUUAUGUCAAUGGAGUGAAGUACCCAAUCAUCCUGGAUUGAUCUGCUCAAUUUUAGAAACGAGUAAUAAUCCUGUAAUAUUAAUGAUUAAACCUGAUACAAUAAUGAUUCAAGAAAUUAAAGCUAUUCCUGCUAAGGCUAAAAUAAUGGACAUGGUUGUCAUAAGACAUCCGAGUUCAAACGCCGAGCAUCGCACGACUUUAAUUCUAUUAUGUGAAGACGGAAGUUUGAGAAUUUAUAUGGCUGGAAUGGAACAAACUGGCUAUUGGAUGUCUCCUACUGUUCAACCAGUAGGUACGAUGGCCACGGUUAAGCCGGCUCGAAAAAAGAAAACCAUCAAAACGGGAAAACCAACAGGAUCCGUCACUUUUCCUAUUGACUUUUUCGAACAUUGUCAAGUGAUGAAUGAUGUGGAAUUCGGUGGUAAUGACUUGCUACAAAUUUACAACGUUGCCCAAAUUAAACAUAGGCUCAAUACAACUGGAAUGUAUGUUGUUUCUACAAAAGCAAUGGGAUUCAUUGUUGAAGUUACUAAUAAUGACGCUGUUUUGGUUAUGACGGGAAUUCGAGUAUUACUCGGAAAUCAAGACGUUCAAAGAGCACCAGUUUACAUUGAGGUGUUUGGUAGAAGUAUUCGCACAACUUUAAGUAGAAGCCGUUGGUUUGACAUACCUUUAACUCGAGAGGAAAGUCUUCAGGCUGAUAAAAAAUUAACUAUUACAUUUGGACCGUCUCAAGAUCCUGAAGGUGUCAUUAUGGUGGAUUGUAUUAAGAUAUACGGUAAGACGAAAGACGCAUUUGGCUGGCCUGAAGAAAUAGAAGAUGUUCCGACAGGUCAAUCAACGUCUGCACCAGUCACCACGAUAAAUAGCGAGACAGAUAGUGCCUUAUCUGCACCUACAUCUUUGUCCUCCGUUGAUAGCACAGCAAAGGACAAUUCCCUUGAUAUUGAUAGGAUGAUCGCAGGUAUGUUAGAAGUUUUGGAAUUAUCUUUCAAUGUACCCUCUAAUGACGAGAACAAGUUACCACUGAAAGCAACAACUAUCGAGGUAGCAUCGCAACUGCUCAUAUUACCGACUCCCCCACCUGUACAAAUGCAUACAACCGCGCUUUUAGCCGCUUUACAUUCAUCCAAACAAGCAUAUCAUCUUCACAAGGAUCAUGUAUUGCUAUCACAUGUAUUGGAAUCGUUGAAAUCUAUGAGAGAACUUGAGGACACUCGUGACAUAGAUGCAGAAAACUUUUAUAGGCUGGUACUUAUAGUUCGGAGUAUAUCCAUAUCACGACCACAAAAUCUUGCCAAGUUUACCGACCAAUACACGAACAAACCAAUAGAUGAAACCAAUGUACCAAUUUUUGAAAACGAUCGACAAAGUAUUAGCCAGUCUCGUAAAAGCGCGGAUGAAAGUCAACAACAUUUAGUAGUACAACUUAUGGAAAUGCUGUGGUCUUUGCAUAUGGCUUAUCCAAAAAAUAUGGCCCUUGCACCGGUUGUAGUCCCAGGAUUAACUCAUGCCGAAGGAACGAUUCAUGCGAUUGUCGAAAUAAUACACGCAUUUACGACAUGUGAUGUGGAAAAGAAUAUUCCCUUAGCUGCUAAAUUAUAUUUACAAUUAUUACUAUCAUCUGAUACGACCAUCAGUUUCACUGUUAAACAGGCAAUAAUCCGCGUACUUCGACCAAGGUACAAAAGAAGAAGAGUUUAUAUACCAAGUCCCCCAAAUUGUAGCACACCAGGAACGGCUGCGGAUACAGAAGAAAAGCCAACAACAUCAUCUGUGCCAUCUCAUCGAGAAUUGCCAACAACCACACCAACAGCGUCGACAACAGAUCGAGAAACAGAACAACAUUUAGAUAUAGAAUCAAUAGGGUCGUCAGUGGUUGAUCCCUUAGCAGUUAUGUUAGUAGCAGAUAAUAAUCAAGAUUCAUCUACUCCUACAACUAGUGCGGUAUCCACUACUACAAGUAGAAACUCAGCUGGUGGCACUAGUGGUGCUGGUACCAGUAGCAGUAGUAGUAGUGGACCGAUAGCAAGGGGGGCGGUAAAUCCUUUGGAAACGUUGCUCGGUUCGGGAAGUUUCCCACAGAUAUUAGACGUACCACCAGAUACCGACGACGAAACCAUGGUGGAAUUGGCAAUUGCACUUAGUUUACAAGAUCAUGAAAGUGGAAAUGCUGAUUUGCAAGUAUUACAACAAGGAUUCCAACAAAGUCUUUCGAACUUACAAGGAUUGGAAAACCUUCAAAAUUUAAAUGGACCAGCAUUGGAAAGUUUACAAGUAUUAGCAGCGCAAGGUUUGGUUCAAGUUCAAAAUACAAAUUCGGGUCAAGAAGGUGGAGGUCACUACUCUGACACGACUGCUUCUGCUGGAGGCUCAGAUGACGAGGGAUCAACUGCAGCUACAGAUGGCAGUACGCUGCGUACAUCUCCAGCAGAACAAGGUGGUAGUGGUGGUAGCAAGGGUAGCGAGAGCGGUGGAAGCGAGAGCGGAGGAAGUGCUGUAGACAGCAUGACGGGGGAGCAUAAUGUAUCGGGAAGGAGCUCCGCGUACGGAGACAAUGGUCCCGAUUCUAUACCUCCGAUUGGAGGAAUUGGAGUCAACCAAGCACCACGUUCCGAAACUAAUUCCGUGGGUGUCCCCGCGGCUUUCACCGUCACUGAGCAAGAAGAAGGUACAGAACAAGAACACGCCACGGAACAAGAAAAUGACACAAGCUGCGAAACUACUGCAAAACUGCAUACAAUACGAUUAUUAUUGCUCGAUAAGCUUAUGCGGUUCGUCCCAAAUUUAACGAACGUAUCCGGUGUUUUGACUGUUCCAUUUAUGCAGGUUUUAUUAAUGUUAACUGCCGAUUUAGACGGGCAAGAAGAGAAAGAUAAAACUUGUGUUGAAAGACUACUUCGAAUAUUGGUAACAGAAUUAGAAAUGGAUAAACCGGAUACAAAUAAUAUAUGGCAGCGUACUAACAAGCGAGAAGUUCAUUUGGUUAUUAUGCGGUUACUAAGCGUUUUAAUGUCUCGCUCGAAACAUACUGCUAAAACACAAGCGGAAAGUUCAAAUUUUAUUUCUCAAAUGGCAGCCUCGAUACUCAGCAAAGCUGGAGUAAUUGAUUAUUGUUCGACAUUACUAAAAGCAUUAUUAGAAUAUUGGAAAACAACGUCAACCGAAGAAAACGAUACUAUACUUGGUGGUCAAUUGCUUAAAGAACAUCUUACAACCUCACUACCUGACAUGUCACCGCUCUUUUUGCGACAACAUGUUAAGGGACAUGCUGGUGAUAUAUUUGAACCUUAUCCGCAAUUAUUAACGGAAAUGGUGUUACGAUUACCCUAUCAAGUAUACAAAUAUGCUGAAAGCAAUUCAACACAGUCAGCUUUUGAACAACCUUGGUAUUUUUAUCUCUGCGAGUAUAUGAUGUCUUAUCAAGCACCACUCGUUAGAAGACAAGUACGCAAAUUACUACUCUUUAUUUGUGGUAAUAAAGAAAAGUACAGACAAUUACGUGACUUGCAUGCUCUAAUCUCGCAUAUUCAGUCAGUCCAACAAUGCUGCACUGCUGGUGGAUUCGAUCCUCUUCAAUCGCGUCCACAUUCCAUCAAUUUACCAUAUGACUCAUUAGUAGAUUUAAUCGAACACCUGAAAUGCUGUGUUGAAAUUGCCACAAGUCGCACAGGAAAUUGGCAGCGAUUCUGUUUAAAACAGAAUACAGUACUCUCUUAUUUGCUUACUGUAUCAACGUUGUUGGAUGAAGGCGUUAGUCCCACAGUAUUGCAACUUUUGCAGUGUGCUAUAUGUUCAAGCAAUAAAUCGAAAGAAACGAAAGAUACUAAAACGAAAGAACCGAAAUCUGGGACUGUAGUAACUUCAAAAGAAAGGCGAGAACGAGAAAAAUCAGAAGAUUCGGAUACGGAAGCUAAAUUCGAGGAAGCUCAAUGCUUAGCAUUAGUCGAACAAAUUCAGAAGCAAGUUUCUCCAAACCUGUUGACGAAAUUUAUUCAAACAUUUUUACUCGAAACGAACAAUACAAAUGUUCGUUGGCAAGCACAUUCUUUGAUACUGGCUAUUUAUAAAAAUUCUGGUCCAGCAGAUCAAGAAGUUCUACUAGACUUACUGUGGCGUUUAUGGCCUUUGUUGCCAGCUUAUGGUCGGAAAGCGGCACAAUUCGUCGAUUUGCUUGGUUACUUUUCCCUAAAAACUCAGCAUGCAAGUAAAAAGAUGCACACGUAUAUGGAGCAGGCAGUUGCAGUGCUACGCGCACAGAAUCAGUUACUCGCACGUCACCCGAAUGCGAAUCUGUAUGCGAAUCUUGCUCAAUUUGUCGAAUUGGAUGGAUAUUAUUUGGAAAGUGAGCCUUGUUUGGUAUGCAAUAAUCCCGAGGUAUCAAUGUCAACAAUCAAGCUUUCCUCGAUUAAAGUUGACUCGAAAUUCACCACAACCACACAGAUUGUAAAACUAGUCGGUAGUUAUACGAUAAGUCGCAUAACUCUUCGCAUAGGCGACCUGAAGAGAACAAAAAUGGUGCGUACGAUUAACAUAUAUUAUAACAAUAGAUCGGUUCAAGCGGUAGUCGAGCUGAAAAAUAAACCCGCCAUGUGGCAUAAAGCUAAAAAGAUAACGCUGGCUCAAGGACAAACAGAAAUCAAAAUGGAAUUCCCGUUACCGAUUGUUGCCUGCAAUUUGAUGAUCGAAUAUGCAGAUUUUUACGAGGAUAUACAGGCUUCUUCGGAGACCUUACAGUGUCCACGAUGUUCCGCAAACGUGCCUGCGAAUCCCGGUGUUUGCGGUAAUUGCGGAGAAAAUGUAUUCCAAUGUCACAAGUGCAGAGCUAUCAACUAUGAUGAGAAGGACCCGUUUUUAUGCCAUGCUUGUGGUUUCUGUAAAUACGCCAAGUUCGAUUAUACGCUUACUGGAAGGCCCUGUUGUGCAGUUGAUCCUAUCGAAAGCGAUGAUGAUCGAAAAAAAACGGUAGCGACGAUUAACACUUUGCUUGAGAAGGCUGACAGAGUGUACAAAACUCUGAUUUCAAACAAGCCAACGUUAGAAAUGUUAUUGAUUAAAAUAUCAGAGCAUCGAUUGGACCGUGGUUUAGUGGAAGAAGGUGCAGCAGCGGCAGCGGCGGCAGCCGCUAUCCAAGUAUCAAGUGGCGGUACUCAAGUAAACAGAGCCAUACAAUUGCUUGCUCAAAGAUACUGUGGCGAAUGUAAAACUUCUUUCGAAGAAUUGAGUAAAAUUAUACAAAGAGUUUUGGCUUGCCGACGAGAACUUGUAGCAUAUGAUCGUCAACAGCGAGACCAAAUUAUUGCUGGUUGCUCGUCAAGUAAUGAUACAACAUCGACGACGACGAGUAGUAAUGCAGGCAAAGAAGAAUCUUUGGCAACAAUGACAACAACGACAGCAACGACAGCGACGACGACGAUGACCGUUCCCCAAUCGGCAACAAUAACGGCAUCAACGAUACCACAUCAACAGUUGCCUGCUGUCGGAUGCGUGAAUCCGCAAACAGUAGGUCGUUGUUAUGGAUGUGCGACCGCAGCUACGGAACAUUGUCUGACUCUGUUACGUGCUCUUGCUACUAAUCAGGUAGCUAAAGAGGUUCUAUGUAAACAAGGAUUAAUACAGGAGCUGGUCGAGCAUAAUUUACGCAAAGGUACCGUGCAAAUGCAGGAAGAAGUUCGACAAUUGUUGUGUCUAGUUACCAGAGACAAUGCGCAAUCUACUAAAGAACUUUGCUCUUUGUUGACUGGUCGAAUCACUCUGACGCUUCGUGGUCGCGUUAUUACAUCGGAUUUAUCGUUGGCUGUACGUCACGAAAUGGCGCUACUAGCAGCUUUGAUUCAGAAAGAGGACACCUGUUGGGAACAGAAAUUGCGUUGCGUGAUGCAGUUAUUCUUGAUGGCGUGUAAAGAAUCGAAAAGUCCAGUCGUGAUGGAAAGCAUUAUUUUGCCGUGUUUAAAGAUAUUGCAAGGAUUGGUAAAACCAGAGCAACCAGUAGUCUCAAAGAAAGCUAAAGACAGGGGUGUGGAGUCGUUAGCAACCGUUCAACCAACUGAGGGUAUUACCAUUGACGUAAAUAAAUGGUUGGAUGGUGACCCAAAGCACUCAUAUUCCGAAUGGAUUCGUCGUAUGCCUGCCGCGAGGAAAAUGGAACAACAAUCUUCGAGUAAACCAUUGAAGAAGGAAGAGAUUCGAGCGCUCUAUUUAAUGGAGAAAUACGGACAUAGAUGGCAUAAUCGGUACUUAAGAGGUGCGCAAGGUAUCCAACCGCUAAAAUUGGCUGAUGGAGCCUGGUUAAAGGAGGUCUUGUUUAAUCCAAGUUCGCGACUGGCGCGACAAGUUGCUUGUAAUAUGAUAGAAAGCCUCUGUCAGGGAACGGAACGAAAGAAAGAAGUGCUCGUAUUGCUUACAUGUUAUUUAGAGGAAUUACGUACGGCCGGUGAGAGUAGUACAGAAUUUCUGACAUUAUACCAAAGUUUAAUUAGACAACCACCAUGGAAGCAGUUCUUAGCAGUACGAGGAGUUAUGACUUUACUCGCGGAUUUAUUAACGAGGGAAAUCGAGGAGCUCCAUCGACUGGAAGAGACGACGUUGACCAGUGAUUUAGCACAAGGUUAUUCAUUGAAAAUGCUUACCGAACUGAUGGCAACAUUCCUCGAACAAGAGAAUAUUAAACAACAAUAUAAAAGCCGUUUGGUAGGUGCUGUGCUCAAUGGUUAUCUUUCCCUAAGAAGAUUGGUCGUUCAGCGAACAAGAUUAAUCGACGACACACAGAAAAAGUUAUUGGAGCUCCUUGAAGAGAUGACCACUGGAACCGAAGAAGAGACAAAAGCUUUCAUGGCAAUCUGCGUAGAAACGGUGCAAAAAUAUAGCGUCGAGGAUGUGCGUACACCGGUAUUCAUCUUUGAAAGGCUUUGUUCCAUCAUUUACCCAGAGGAAAAUGAUGUCGGAGAAUUUUAUCUGACACUAGAGAAAGAUUCGCAGCAAGAAGAUUUUCUUCAAGGUAGAAUGUUAGGAAAUCCUUAUAGCAGUUUAGAACCUGGCUUAGGACCACUUAUGCGGGACGUGAAGAAUAAAAUUUGUCUAGAUUGCGAAUUGAUCGCUCUCUUGGAGGAUGAUAAUGGAAUGGAGCUUUUAGUUAACAAUAAAAUAAUCAGUCUUGAUUUGCCUGUAAAGGAGGUCUACAAGAAGAUCUGGGUACCAGAAGGCGGAGAAUGCGAUGCUAUGCGCGUGGUAUACCGAAUGCGAGGAUUACUUGGAGACGCGACUGAAGAGUUUGUUGAAAGUUUAAAUGCAAACAGCGAACAAGAGGUAAACAACGAAGAAGUCUAUAAAAUGGCGAACGUUUUAGCGGAUUGCGGUGGUCUUCAAGUAAUGGUAAAUCGAUUAGCGGCAAUACAAAAUGUAAAUCGAGCUCGACCAUUACUUCAGGUCCUUCUUAAACUGUUCCGACUCUCAGUCAAGGUGAAAAAAAAUCAAGAAGUUUUAAGUAAAUUGGGAGCGGUGAUGGUGUUUUUGGACGUUCUACAACGUUGUCUUGCAACCGAAUCGGAGAACUGGCAGGCAAAAAUUACCGAACAGCUGUUGGAAAUCAUAGAAACGAUCUUAACGCAUGCAUCAUUAUCUACGCUCGAAGCUUUUUCACGGACAUCCAGUGGCCCGGAGCACAUAAAAGCGCUUCUUUCUUGCGCUCAAUCGACCGCGGUCAGGCAAAGCAAUGUAUUACCACAACUCGCACGUGUAUUAGCCGCUUUGACAUAUGGAAAUCGCGAGAAAAUGGCCCUCCUCUGCGAUUAUUUCAAACCCGUGUUAGACUUUUACGAAUUUGAUCACGAACAUACACCAGAGGAUGAACAAAAGCUCGAGCUAUUUUGCAUUCUAACUCAAGCUAUCGAACGAAACGCAAUUGGGAACACUCUAAAAGAUUACAUCAUAAGCAUGGGGAUUGUAAAAGAUGCUUUCGAAUAUAUAACCGUGCGGGCUCCUUGCCUUAAACCUACACUAUUACGAACGGACAGUGAUGAAUUAAAGGAUUAUAUAUCAAAACCGGCACUCAAAUAUAUCUUACGAUUCUUAACUGGCCUAGCAACCGAUCAUGAACCAACACAGUUGGCAGUGUCACAGUUUACUAUUAGUAUAAUACACAGAUUGGAACAAGUAUCUUCAGAUGAACAUGUCGGAUCUCUAGCAGAGAAUUUAUUGGAAGCGUUAUGCACGAACAAACGCGUUGCCGAAUUAAUCGAAAAGGCCCGGCAGCAUACGCGUAGCGAGAAGAAACGUCUGGCAAUGGCGAUGAGAGAAAGACAGUUGGGUGCGUUAGGUAUGCAAACUAACGACAAAGGUCAAGUGGUGGCUAGCGGAGCAAUCCUUCAACAAAUGGAAGACUUAGGUGAUGAAACGGGAUUGGUCUGCGUAAUCUGUCGUGAAGGAUACAAAUUCAAGCCAAACAUGGUUUUGGCUAUUUAUACCUUCUCGAAACGUUGCAACGUUGAGGAAUUUGAAACGAAACAAAGGAAGACAGUAGGAUAUACUACCGUUACACAUUUCAAUGUUGUCCAUGUAGACUGUCAUAUGUCUGCGGUAAGACUGGCACGCGGCAGGGAUGAGUGGGAGAGUGCAGCGUUGCAGAAUGCGAAUACUAAGUGCAAUGGACUUUUACCACUAUGGGGUCCUCAAGUAUUGGAAUCUGCUUUUGCUAGUUGUUUAGCAAGACAUAAUACUUACCUGCAAGAGUGUACCAGCCAUCGCGAUAUAUCUUAUCCAUCCACUGUCCAUGAUUUAAAAUUACUACUGUUGCGAUUCGCUCAAGAGAAGAGUUUUCAUGAAGAUAGUGGCGGAGGCGGUCCACAAUCGAACAUGCACUUGAUCCCUUAUUUAAUUCACACAGCACUUUACGUAAUCAACACUACGCUAGCAGAUACUCGGGCAGACAAAACGUUAGUUGGAUAUUUAGAAACGCUACCAGGUUCUAGUUGGCUUGAAAAUUGUUACGAAGCAGAAGGACCAUUUUACCAAUGCACGAUGUCUCUUUUGCUUCAUACACCAGCUCGUUGGAAAACAUACAGAAUUGCUCAUCUAAACAGAUUAAUUGUUCUUGCCCAUCAGCGAUAUGUUUCACCAUCGAGUCCAACAAAAACUAUUGUCGACAUUACCGUUAAGCAUUACGCGGUAUAUAAAAGCGCCUUAAUCUUCUUUGGUCUAGUCGAUUGUAUUUAUGCCAAUUUCUUCAAGAAAGUUAACGUAUUGUCCGAUAAUCAGUGGCCAUCAGUCUUGGCUGAAUAUAUUAGACAUAAUGAUGAAGCCAUGUUAAAAGCCUCGGAACGUGUGUUAGCUACGUACCGCGAUGAACUGUUACCUUGCACAUCUUUCGAAGAAUUUUGUGAUGUUGUAGGUUUAUUGGACGAAAUAACGGAUCCUACGUAUAUAAGUGAUAUUUUGAAGAAACUCGGUUAAAAAAAAUUGGAAGAAUGCUAUGCUGUUGAAAGGAAAUGCGCUCUUUUACAUAAAAGUAUAAUGACUUUCUUCAAACUCUUGAGUUUCAUCUUAUUUUCAAUGUUAUUUUCUUUGCUCAUACACAUAUGCGUGCACGUGCGCGCCUCUACACAAACACACUCUUAUACAUCUUACUAAGUUCCUUUCAUUAUCUCGGUCAUUAAUAAAUGGAAAUAAUUCCAAUUAAUAUACUCGCUCUGUAAAUUGCGAGUUACUCGUUUGCUUUUUCGAUAGACAAAAAUCCAGUCAGUGUAUCGCGUGUUGUAAUUCAAUUCCACAAUUGUACGUUUAAAAAAAAAAUAUGCUUUAAUAAAAUAAGAAAUAUCGUAUUAUAAUUUAUA